AUGUUAGUCUUCACUCAGCCCCCGAUCCUUCAGGCUCUGCAGCAUGUUAAGGCCAACUGUGACGAGAUCCACAAGAUGAGGGAGGAGGAAGACUCCCAGACCAAGCCUCCAAAGUCCUGCCGUAAGGCUCUGGCCUCCUCGCCUCACUCCCAGAAAGUAGCAGCACUGCCCAACAAUGAGGAGGCGAGCGCCUCCAGCAGUUGGAAGGAGUGGUUGGUUGAUCCGGCAGAACAGUUUUAUUACAUGUGGCUCCAGGUCAUGAUCCUCCCCAUUGUCUACAACUGGUUGAUCAUCAUUUUGAGAACAUGCUUCAAUGAAAUAGCAUUGAGCUACCUACCUGUGUGGCUUACACUGGACUAUCUGUCAGACCUCAUGUAUAUUCUUGACAUGAUUAUCACUGUUCACACAGGUUACUUGGAUCAGGGCAUCCUGGUUAAGGACCUAACUCAGCUGAAGAAGCGCUACCUGCGCUCUAAACAUUUCUUAUGGGACCUGGCUUCCAUGCUGCCCACUGACUUCCUCUACUUUGUCUUUGGCAUCCAAACUCCGCUGGUGAGGAUCAACCGCCUUCUGCGGAUGCCACGACUCAAUGAGGCCCUGGACCGCAUGGAGACGAGGACCUCCUACCCGAACACCUUCCGCAUCUCCAAGCUCAUGGUCUACAUCUUUGUGUUGAUCCACUGGAAUGCCUGUCUCUACUUUGCACUGUCCAGCUACAUUGGCUUCGGAAGUGAUCCUUGGGUCUACCCCAACAUCACCGAUGACUUUGCCCCAAUGCACCGUCAGUACAUUUACUGCUUCUGGUUCUCAGCCGACAUUUUCACUACAAUAGCAGACACUCCCUUGCCAACAAGGGAAGAGGAGUACUUGUUUAUGAUUGCAGACGUUCUCAUUGCCGUGCUGGUGUUUGCAUCAGUUGUUGGCAAUGUUGGCAAUGUCAUCACAAACCUAAGGGACCGUGAUAAUGUCUUCUUCCCUAACCAUGAGUUGGUGAAGGCAUACCUGCGUAGCCAUUCCAUUACCAAGGAGCUUCGACAGCGUAUCGACAGCUGGUACCAGCAUCUUCACAUCAACAAGAAGAUCAUGCGAGAGAAUGAAAUCCUGCAGCAGCUGCCCAUACACCUUAGGACCGAGAUCGCUGUCAGCGUUCACCUUCCCACACUCUCCAAAGUCACCAUCUUCCAGAACUGUGAGAAAAGUCUGCUGGAGGAGCUGGUGCUUAAAUUAACACCUCAGGUGUUCAGUCCAGGAGAGUACGUCUGCAGGAAAGGAGAUGUGGGCCAUGAAAUGUAUAUCAUCAAAGAUGGAAAACUUGCAGUUGUAGCAGAUGAUGGGGUCACAGAGUAUGCUGUGCUGAGUGAAGGGAAUUUCUUUGGGGAAAUUAGUAUCCUGAACAUCAAAGGUAACAAAUCAGGAAAUCGUCGCACUGCCAACAUUCGCAGCAUCGGCUAUUCUGACGUGUUCAGCUUGUCCAAAGAAGACCUGACAGACGUGCUAUCUGAAUUCCCUGCAGCCAAACGUCACCUGGAGGAGAAAGGCAGACAGAUCCUCACCAAGAUGGGCAUGUUGGAGGAGAGUCGGGAAGGAGAGGAGGGGGAGGCAGAGAAAGUAGAAACCAAGAUCAAAAGGCUGGAGAGCAACUUGGAAAUCAUGCAAACAAAACUAGCUCGACUUAUGGUGGAAUUAGAGUCAACCAACCGGAAGAUGCAGGGCAGGGUGGAGCAGCUGGAGUGGGAGGUGGCAGUACUGGAGACUCAGCUGCCAGAAGAUUGGGGCGAAGGAGAAAGAGCACAGGGAAGAUGUGAAGGUGUGGGAGGGGAGGUUGAUUGGGAGCGAGAAGAGGCAGAGGGAGAGGAAGAGGAGAGUUCAGAUGCAAAAGGAAAAGAGCAGGGACAGAGAGAAGAUGGCAAUGAUGUGACAAAAGAAGGAGAUGGAGAGAGCACCAAAAGUACAAAAGAGGAAAUGGAAAGGAUUUUGGACGGCGAUAAAUGUGGACUGAAAGACCCAGACGAUCAGGAAGAGAAAAAAGAAGACUAUGGAGACAAAAACAGAGAGAAAGGAGAUGAUAGACCUGGGCAAGCAGAUGGAGCUGAGAUUGUACCUGAAGAUGAGAAAGAAGAGAAAAGUGGAGAGAAAGAAUCUGAAGAGGGGUCAGAAAAGACUGAAGAAGACUCAGAAAAAAGAGAGGAGCCAGAAAGAGGGAGGGCAGAAGAAAUUAAUGAAAAACCCAAAUAACUGAAAGGGAAAGUGAAGUUCAUAAAAAAAAUCUGUGUAUUUUUGUCUGUAGGCGUUUGUCUGUUCUA